AUGAUUUUGGGGUUCAACGGCCAGAUCGCAGGUUCUGAUAGUGAAUACCCCCUAGCCCGAGCAGCAUUGGACAUCCUUGCCAACGAUGCCGGUUCCAACGAGGGCGAUGCCGGUGCCAACGAGGGCGAUGCCGAUGCCAACGAGGGCGAUGCCGAUGCCAACGAGGAGGGCGAUGCCGGUGCCAACGAGGGCGAUGCCGAUGCCAACGAGGGCGAUGCCGGUGCCAACGAGGGCGAUGCCGUGCCACGAGGGCGAUGCCGGUGCCACGAGGGCGAUUUGGGGUUCAACGAGGCCGAUGCCGGUCAACGAGUGAAUCGCCCUAGCCGAAGGCGAUUCCGUGCUACGAGUCUGCGACCUGCUUCGUUGCUUCUCUGUUUCAGCGAGGCAUGCCAUGCCAACGAUGCCGGUUCCAACGAGGGCGAUGCCGGUGCCAACGAGGGCGAUGCCGAUGCCAACGAGGGCGAUGCCGAUGCCAACGAGGGCGAUGCCGAUGCCAACGAGGGCGAUGCCGGUGCCAACGAGGGCGAUGCCGAUGCCAACGAGGAGGGCGAUGCCGGUGCCAACGAGGGCGAUGCCGAUGCCAACGAGGAGGGCGAUGCCGGUGCCAACGAGGGCGAUGCCGGUGCCAACGAGGGCGAUGCCGAUGCCAACGAGGGCGAUGCCGAUGCCAACGAGGGCGAUGCCGGUGCCAACGAGGGCGAUGCCGGUGCCAACGAGGGCGAUGCCGGUGCCAACGAGGGCGAUGCCGGUGCCAACGAGGGCGAUGCCGUGCCAACGAGGGCGAUGCCGAUGCCAACGAGGGGCGAUGCCGGUGCCAACGAGGGCGAUGCCGGUGCCAACGAGGGCGAUGCCGGUGCCAACGAGGGCGAUGCCGGUGCCAACGAGGGCGAUGCCGAUGCCAACGAGGGCGAUGCCGAUGCCAACGAGGGCGAUGCCGGUGCCAACGAGGGCGAUGCCGGUGCCAACGAGGGCGAUGCCGGUGCCAACGAGGGCGAUGCCGGUGCCAACGAAGGUGUCAACGAGGUCAGAAUUUCAGGGUGCAUUAGACCUAGUAGCAUGUCCGAUACUCCUAAUUCAACCUAA